CAACAACAAAAAUUAAACCAGAAUAAUGAGUAUGUAUCGCUAGAAAUUCAUCAACAUAAACUCCCUCUUCUUGCCACCAAUUGCUCAUUUUUUUGGGAAAUUCGGACAGAGAUUCGGCUCGGCUCGGCGGGUUUUGACUAAAAAACCUAAGAAAUGUUUUCUGAUGGCAGAUCGGACUUAGCCGCAAUCAACAGACCACUAUUUCCUAGGCUUUUGGGAGGGGAGGGGAGGGGUUAGAGAGCUAAUUCUAGAGAGAGAGUGUGAAGAAUGAUUGUGGUGUGAAAAAAUGAGAGGGGGGAGGGGGUAUUUAUACCCAUCAGACCGCACCCUCCAGGGGCGGUCGGGUAAUUUUGUCCAGGUCAAAACCGCACCUUGCCGAGGCGGUUUGCACUCCCCGAUGUUUGACCGCACCUCGGCGCAGCGGUCUUCGAUCCGUGGCAAGGAUCGCUGACCUAGCAAGCGGUCCGCCACUGGAUCGCAUCUUCAUCCUGCAGUCCCAAAGGCCGCUGCCCACCAAACACAAAACGCACCUCCAAGGUGCGGUUUCCAGAAUAAAACGCACCUCCAAGAUGCGGUUUAUACAUACAACGCACCUGGAGGGUGCGGUUUACUUAUAAAACGCACGUUCAUGGUGCGGUCUAUUAAAAAUGGUGCUAUUAGUAUAAUUUUUUCGGCUGGGUGCUAGUUUUAUUAUUUUUUUUAAAAGGUGCUAGUAUUGGAAAAAUCCCUCAUUUUCUACUACCUUUCCUCCUUUUCCUUGACGACCGAUUUGCACCUAAUCCAUGAAAUGGGAUCUCCCUGCAGUCAUAUAUAUAUUAUUAUAUGGAAGAGAAGUCGUCAACAACAGGAGCUAGCUAAGCCGAGGAAAUUAUGAGGAAAGUAACAACUUCUCCUUGCUGCCUCAAUGCUUCCUCCUUCAUCGGCUAUAUAAAUUAACCACUCGCCAAACUUGCAAAUAUAUCCCAACAAGAUAUAGCCACACAAAAAAAAAAAAAAAAUACUUGAUUAGCUUUACAGUUGACUUCAACAGAGAGCCAGAGAUCAAUAUGGGAGUCCCUAGAGGAGCACACUCACCUUUAGCGACGAUUUUCUUCGUCGCCAUAGGGUUGCUCCUCCUGUGCCCAACAACAAACGCUCAACUAACUUCCACAUUUUACGCCACCACCUGCCCGAACGUCUCCAGCAUCGUCAGCACCGUGAUCCAGCAAGCUCUCCAGUCCGACGCCAGGAUCGGCGCCAGCCUCAUCCGCCUCCACUUCCACGAUUGCUUCGUCCAGGGAUGCGACGGAUCGAUCCUGCUGACCGACAACUCGACGACGAACAUCCAGAGCGAGCAAAACGCCGGGCCGAACGUCAACUCGGCUAGAGGGUUCGGCGUGGUCGACAACAUCAAGACCGCCGUCGAAAAUGCCUGCCCCGGCGUCGUUUCGUGCGCCGACAUCCUUGCUCUCGCCGCCGAAGCUUCUGUUUCUCUGUCAGGAGGGCCGUCGUGGAGCGUGCCGUUGGGGAGAAGGGACGGCAGAAGUGCGAACCAAGGGGGAGCCAAUGCUUCGAUUCCUUCUCCUUUUGAUAAUCUGGCGAACUUAACUUCCAAGUUCAGUGCAGUUGGGCUCAACACCAACGAUCUUGUUGCAUUAUCAGGGGCCCACACAUUCGGGCGGGCGCAGUGCCGGACAUUCGUGAACCGGCUGUACAACUUCACGGCGUCGGGACCCGACCCGACCCUCAGCUCGUCGUACGCCACGACCCUGCAGCAGACAUGUCCACAAAACGGCAACGGAGCCGCUCUUGCGAACCUGGACCCGACGACGGCGGACGCCUUCGACAACAACUACUUCGCCAACCUCCAGAACAACCAGGGGCUGCUGCAGUCCGACCAGGAGCUGUUCUCCGCUACCGGGGCUCCGGCGGCGCUGGUCAACUCGUUCAGCAGCAGCCAGACCGCUUUCUUCCAGAGCUUCGCCCAGUCGAUGGUCAGCAUGGGCAACAUCGGCCCUUUGACCGGGAGCAGCGGGGAGAUUAGAAGGGACUGUAAGAUGAUUAAUUAAAAAAUCUGAUUAUGAAUUAAUGCACGAGAUUGAGUCAGGGUGAUUCGUUCGAAUGAGGACAAAGGGACAUGCAAAAAAAAAAGUUUGUUUGUGGAAAUUUUGUGGCGUUGCUGUGGGAGUUGAAAUAUUCUCAAUGUUUAGGUUUUGUGUUCAUGCAAGUAUUGAAUUGUCAAGUUGUUGUUGUGCUGAGGAAGGUGAACAAGAAAAAUAGAGUAAUGACCUGGAUUUUUAUUUUUUAUCUUUUUGGGUUCCCUGUACUCAUUUGAUUUAAUGGGUUUGAAAAAUAAAUUAAAAUACUAUUAGAUCUAGUUCCGACCCGUUGGCCGAAUACAUUUUAUUAAUGGUAGAAUCAGUGGUGUAGUAAGAAAUUUAGUUCAGAAAAGUCCAACAUAAAUAUUGUCGGAUUUGCACAUUUUGAGUUCUACAUGAAGACUUCAUUCUACGGGAUUCAUCAGCAAAAUUGUGCUUAAGUCAACAAAUUCUUGAUGAAGGAGUCGAUCGGUAUCUCCACUAUUUGUGUCGCCAAAUCAUCGUCAUAAGGAUUGUUCGAGGCCUUAUUUACGGAAGGUACAAGCAAAAGAAACUACAACAAUUGUAGAGCAACCCUUAGCUCAUUCCUAGCCAGCCAUGGUGCUAAUGCUACCAUGGAAAUGGUCUCCAAUCAAGAAAAUGCAUAGUGGCUUCUCAGCGAAAAUCCAGGAAAGCCACAAGAAUGCGAUUGGCUUGGUCGGUCAGAACAAUGAAUGAUAUGUGACUGGAGCAGGACCGAACCCAAUGCGAUUGUAUCACAUGUUGGUGGUUAGCACUUAGCAGGUUGAUUCAAGGAUGUAUUGGUCGAUAAUGGGUGGGUUGACGAGAGGGCUUCUCUUGUAUUUGUGGUCUAUGGUUGGUGGUCCUCCCAUGUAUUAGUAUGUUGGUCUCCUCCCCAUCUCCCAAUUUAUCCUAAUACCAAUAGUGUCUUUUCACCCAUUCUUCCUCAUUACUAGUAGUAAACUCAAUUAAAUUAAAAAGUGUUAACGCA